AUGGAGACCAUAACUACUAUCGCCAACGCGGCAAACAAGGCCAUUUGGGGUACGAACGAAGCCAAUCAGGAGCCUGUUUCUGGUGUCAAGGGAAACACCAACCAGGGCGAACCAUAUGAUGCUGGCAACAUUGAAGACCCUCUGAUUAAGGAGAAGAAGGCCAACAUAGCAGACGCCAAUAACGCCUCUGGCACGACUGGGCCAGCGGUGACCUCUGAGCCCUCUGCAACUACGGGCGUUACCACGACCUCUACUCCCAACACAAGCACUGCCUCAACUGAGCCAACUGGAACCUCUACAACGGACGAUUCGUCAACACACAAGUCGAACCCUCCUACGGAAAACACGCUGCCAGACAGGUCUCGCGCUACGGAAGUCAUCACACCCAACAAGUCAUCUACGACUGGGGACUCUUCCAAGCACCAAGACAUCGGCAAACCCGAGUUGAGCAAAACUUCUCCCAGCGAGGUGCCUCCGGCCGAUAGCGCCUCUGGCAAGACCGACACACGCGAACCUGCCGAUCCGGCCACCGACCCUGCACCCAAGGGCCAAGACGUCAGCAACAAAUCCUCCGGACCCAUUGCCGGAGGUGACAAGCUCGACGGCCCGGGUCCGAAGCCUUUGGAGAUCGUUGCCAAGGAGCGCGGAGGUGACGCCGGCAAUGCCAAGGACUCGGCCAAGGGCGGUCUGGUGAAGGGUGACUCGACAUCAGGUAUCGAGGACAAGAACGAAAAUGACCCUAGGGAGCCUAGCCACGGCGAGGGCACGGGUGAAAAAUAUGUCAAGAGCUCUGGCCUGGCUGUUGAUGGCGGUGACUUUGAUGCAACCAAGCCUGGCGCCGGCCGCGAGGCAGAUCGCAAGUGCCUCCUAGACGAGAAGGACCCUGCUCACGCCGCUGCCAAGGCUGACGGUAAGUCUAGCAGUGACAAGACAAGCGACAAGACCAGCGAAGUCCGCACUCACAGCCCCAAGUCGGGUACCGAGACGGAGAAGGAGAGCCUCAAGGACAAGAUUAAGGCCAAGCUUCACCGCCACUAG